AGCAGCCAUCGCAUCCCCCAUCAUCUCAACCAUCCGCAAAAAAGGUCAUAAAUAGAUCGGGCCUCGCCCUCCUGCACUAGAAUUUUCCAACCUCGCUCUUCAACUCCUCCAACGCUAUCAAAACCAUCAAACCCAGCAACAACAUACACUAUGCUCGCCGCCAAGAUCCUCGUCGCCGCCAUGGCUUCCCUCGUCGCCGCCGUGCCGGCCCUCCAACCACGCCAGUACACCGGGCCGUGCGAAACCACAAACUGCGGCGCCCAGGGCCUCGACUGCACCCACCGGGGUAACCUCUGCGUGGCCUUCCCGCACACCGACGCCGCGCUGCGCAAGGGCUGCACCUGCUCGAGUAUAUCUGGCAUGGACGAGGACGAUGGGCAGUUUCCUGGCGAGACAAGACAUACACGGAAUAUGCGGGGGAAAUCUUUUAUCGAGACAGUCGGUUCAUUAACUACCUUCGGUUCUUGGUCAUUCGCUCUUGACGGCUUGUGACUGUUAUGACAGAAACAAUAGGGACUAGGACGGAAAAUAGAUUCCACACAAUGCGCAAAUUCAAGCGUCCAAAG